UUGCGGCCCGCAAAGCGCGUGUUUUCAAGAGGGCGGUUUUCAGUUUGGCCGCGUAUAUUGAUAAUAAUGCACUCUAACACUGACUAAAUAAGGGUGUUCGGUGUGAUCGUAAUUGACAGCUUCUAAGAUGAAACGCCUACAAAAAGAACAUCUGCUUUGAAUAAAUCGAUCUUGAGAAGGGUAAACAAUGUUGAAAUGCCACCAAAUAAAAUCCCUCCCCAAAAGAAAUUACUAAAAGGCAGAACACCACAUUCACCACUUUCUUUGGUGGUUUGUUUCGUUAAAAAGUAAUAAGUAAAGGCAGAGCAAAAAGGCAAGCACUAAAGAACCCUGCCAGUUAAUUGUGCCAGUUAAUUGCGCAUUAACACCCACACAAGGUCGACUUCUGGGCGACAGGCAAAGACAUUUUUGUGUGUAACUGCUUUCCCUAGACGGAAACUGCCCUAGGGUUAUUUCCAUGGAUACAUCAAAAAGAACAAAAGAACUUCCCAUGACGGUUCCUGAACUGAAAAGUACGGCUUAUCUGCUCCCUGAGGUGGCUUGGCCAAUCAUAAAGCAGAACGUAGCUAAUACAGGAAAUUGCCUGCAGUGCUGUGAGGUGACCUGAUGUGCUUGGCUAAUUUUGCACCUACUUGUAGCACGAGGUAACAUGGCAGGGUUUCGUGCAUCGCUGUGAGUAUUUCUUACUUUAUUUUCAGGAGUUUGCCCUUCAGACUGUCAGUUACAAAGUUGAUUAAGUUAUAAUCUUUCUGUUUAUCUGUUUAUAGGAACGCUGGUCAAAAUGAAGAUCCCUACUACAACGGGUAUUUUCAAAUCAAACAAAGCCGCAGGGAGUUAACUACACCGGUAAUACCCUGUAUGGUAUUGGCAUGGCUCAAAAUCAGCCUCCACUGCAUUAUCCAGCGAUGCUAAAUCCCUACCCGAUUUACCAGAACCCUGUACCUGCUACUAGCAAUCACCUUCAGUUUGAACCAGACAGGGACAGUGCCAGUCCAAGUCCAAGUGAAUCCUCAAACCGAAGUGAAGAUCAUAACAAGUGCAGUAGCUGGUCGUUGACUGAAGAGAGAUGCUUAAUUGCUACUUAUAAUGAGUACUACGAUAGCCUUAAGUCCACAAAAAGCAGUCAAGGCAAGAAAACCAUAUGGGAAGAUAUUCGGAAGCAGUUUCAAAGUAUGUGCUUUGACAAUGGUGUGGAGUCUGAAAAGGAGUUAAAGGAGAAGUGGCGAACGCUCUUGGAUAAAUACAAAAGUGUAUGUGAUAACAACAAUCGCACGGGAAGGGAACGGAAAACAUUCAAACACUAUAAAGACAUAGAUGAAUUUAUGGCUUCAUCAGACAAAGUAAAUCCAAGAUUUGUCAAGGAAACGAAAGCCCACAAACAAGAUUGUAGCUCCGAUGAUAGUGAUGAUAUUUUAUCGACCGGAAAUCAAGAUUGUGGUAAGAAACCAGAGAAAUGGCCAACCACCUCUGCUGAAGGCAACAGCGCAGAUGUAGAAAAAACUGGAAAAACUGGGCAAAAGGAGGAAAAAGGACAAAAAGAGAACAAGAAAAGGCUUAGCGGCAAUGACAUGGAGCUAGCAAUCCUCGACAUGAUGAAGUCUCAGCAAGAAUCCAUCCAAAGAUCCGAGGAGAAUGACGAGAGAGUUUUUGAAGGUCUCCUCAAAUCUCAGGCAGAAGCGCAGCGACAAAAAGAAUUUGUUGUGUCUGUGUUAGGAAAACUUGGAGACAUAUUUGCUUCCAAUAAAUAGAUUUUAACUCAGUGCUUUUAUUCCAAAGAAAAACACUAGCACAGUUAACUUGAUUGUUGCAAAAAUAAAUUUUAAUUGAUCUUGAAUAGCAUUUUGGACACUGAAAAACACAAAGCUGAAAAAUGGUUACAACCGCUGUUUCUUCAGUAUAAUAUACGUUACAGUUUUUUAGCAAACAUAAUUUUUUUAUUUCCUGAGAUUAUCCUGUGUAAUUUCUACACUUUCGAUUGAUUUUAUAUUACUAGAUAUAUAUUUUUUAUUCAAUCUGCUAUUACUUUCAGGUUCAGAUCAAUCCGAUCAGAUAUAUAAUUGCAUAAAUAAAUUGCGAAUCAAAAUAUAAUUAUUUCGUAACCUUGUAUAAUUUAGGACGCAAUGAGGACAAAAUCAAGGGGAUACUGCUUAUUCAUUUG